CAUUGUUUCUCCUCUUCAUCACGUGCUUCUUCUAAUUCAACGGGUAUAUGUACACCACCACCUAACCCCUCAUCACUCUUCGACUCCAUUUCCCUCUCCCCUGUUUCUGCUCUGUUUUCAGCUCAGCUCAGCUCCUCUUCCGAUUCCGUCCAACAAUGGCGGUCUUGUUCUUGAUCCUGUAGUUCUAUUGGGUUUUCACCUUCAUUCGAUUUGGAAUUUUCUGUCGCAUCCUCGUUUUCAUGGCUUCGAUUCUCCGGUUUCGGAAGCUCUGCUACUUGGAGCCGGUGAAAUUGAAGUCUUACGAUGACACCCAGAAGAAGGUUGAGCCGGAUAAAGAAACUGAUGUUGUCCCCAAACCUUGCUUCUUCCCGGAACCCACAAAGAGCGCUCCGCCGCCUCCGGCGAGAAGGUCCCGCGGGAAGGAAUGGAGGUGCAUGGACAAUUGCUGUUGGACGAUUGGGUUUCUCUGUACCACUUGGUGGCUCUGUCUUUUCCUGUUCAACUGUUUGCCGGCGACUCUGCCCGGGUUCCAAGUACCCGAAUCCCCCGGAGUCCGGCUCAAGCGCGAAGGCAUAACCGCACUCCAUCCCGUCGUCAUGAUCCCCGGAAUCGUCACCGGCGGUCUCGAGCUCUGGGAAGGAAAGCCUUGUGCUGAGGAUCUCUUUCGGAAGCGCCUCUGGGGCGGUGGCUUCACUGAAAUCAUUAGAAGACCAUUGUGUUGGUUGGAACAUCUGUCGUUGGACAAUGAAACCGGGCUCGACCCGCCGGGGAUCCGAGUCCGAGCAGUUCCCGGUCUUGUCGCCGCCGACUACUUUGGGCCGGGAUACUUCGUCUGGGCGGUUCUCAUUGAGAAUUUGGCCAAAAUUGGGUACGAAGGGAAGAACUUGUACAUGGCAGCUUAUGAUUGGCGGCUGUCUUUCCAGAAUACAGAGAUUAGGGAUCAGGCAUUGAGUAGAUUGAAGAGCAAAAUAGAGCUAAUGUAUGUGACGAACGGCUACAAGAAAGUAGUGGUGGUUCCACAUUCCAUGGGAGUAAUCUAUUUCCUUCACUUCCUUAAAUGGGUCGAAACCCCGCCUCCCACGGGAGGAGGGGGCGGUCCGGGCUGGUGCUCGAAGCACAUCAAGGCGGUGAUGAACAUCGGCCCCACGUUCCUCGGAGUGCCGAAGACUGUUAGCAACUUGUUCUCUGGGGAGGCGAAAGAUGUCGCAUUCCUAAGGGCUAUGGAUCCUGGUCUACUGGACUCCGAGAUGCUUGGAUUGCAAACAAUGGAGCAUCUCUUGAGGGUGGGUCGAACUUGGGAUUCGAUUGUUUCCUUGCUUCCCAAGGGAGGAGAAACUAUCUGGGGUAACCUAGAUUGGUCUCCUGAGGAAAACCAUGCUUGUGAUUUGUCUAAGAAGAAGGCAAUUGGUGAUCAAAACUCGACUGACCGUAAUGCAAAGAGAUUUGCACUUAAAGAGCCAGUUAAGUAUGGAAGGAUGAUCUCAUUUGGCAAAACAGCAGCAGAGUUGCCAUCUUUGCUCCUUCCAUCACUUGAUCCAAAGGAUCUGCUACUUGCACAAACUACCACGAAGAAGAAUUCCACUUCGUCGUGCAGUGAGGUCCGGACAGAAUACGACGAGAUGAACAGAGAAAUCAUUGGAAAGAUCGCGGAGAACAAAGCGUACACAGCUCGAACGGUUCUCGAUUUACUAAGGGCGGUAGCUCCCAAGAUGAUGAAACGAGCUGAAGCUCAUUUCUCCCACGGCAUAGCUGACAAUCUCGAUGAUCCGAAGUACACACAACAUUACAAGUACUGGUCCAACCCACUGGAGACAAAGCUGCCGGAUGCUCCUGACAUGGAGAUCUACUGCUUGUACGGAGUAGGAAUUCCGACGGAGAGAUCGUACGUGUACAAACAAUCGCCCACCAGCAGGUGCAAGAGCAUCCCAUUUCGGAUCGACAGCUCGGUGAAUGGAGACGGAGAGAGCUGCCUGAGAGGCGGGGUGAACUUCGUGGAUGGCGACGAGAGUGUGCCCGUGUUGAGCGCAGGGUUCAUGUGUGCCAAAGGUUGGAGAGGCAGGACGAGGUUCAACCCGUCCGGGGCAUCGACUUACGUGAGGGAGUACCGGCACAAGCCCCCGGCUAGCCUGCUCGAAGGGCGGGGAGUCGAGAGCGGGGCUCAUGUCGACAUCAUGGGGAAUGUUGGCUUGAUAGAAGAUGUGAUGAGGGUUGCUGCUGGCGCCACCGGUUUGGAGAUCGGUGGUGACAGGAUUCAUUCCGACAUCGUUGGAAUGUCGGACCGGAUUAACAUCAGACUGUGAGGGAAGGUGAGUCAUCGGAAGAGAAACAACAUGCUGAGGGCUGAGGUUGAGGUGUAGAGAAGAAACUAACAAGGGGAAGAGGAGAACUGAACUGCAGCAUUUGAUUUUAGAGAAAAGAGAGAGAGGGAGGGCUUUUUGUGCAUAAGACUGAAGUGGACUUUCUGCCAAGCUAGAAGAAGUUAUGACUUUGACUUAUUAGAUUUGUGGAGCAAGGACAGGAGGUAGGAAAAGAGUGUCAAUUUUGGGUUUUUGUUAAUUGCUGCCAAGUUCUCUGGAGUGCCCUGUAAUCAAAUAAAAAGUUGGGGUUAGGAAUAAAUUCCCCCGUUCCAUCUUGUAAUCAUCUACUAAUAAUUAGGGGAAAUGAAUGUUUGUG